ACUGUUUUCGGCCACUAGCCGUCAGUCGUUUACGGGCGAAGGGCACAGAUGUGGUUACAUGAAUCUUGAAAGUGUCUCAGAUUCAUUCACAACCGCGGUUUUUCAUUGAAGCAGCGAACGACGAGCUUCUCGGUGUGAUACCAGCCGGUGUCCUAUGGUACAGAUACAUUUUAACAGCCAGCAUCGUCCCGAGGAAGGAAGGAAACACGAGAAGCUGCAACUCAGCGAAGGAGAAACAUAUUUAUUUCAUCACAUCGAGCUUCCACUUUGCUCCUUUUGCUUCUCGGAUAGUUUUCAUCAUCUUUUUCUCCGCAGUGAAGAUUUGCUGCUUUUCCUGUGUUAAAUUUCAGUAAACUGAACAGUUUUGAGCCAUAGAUGUGGCAGAUUCCUGAGCAGAAAGGAUGACAUCGGAGGCUGCCGUCUCCACACCUCCUGCCAUGAGCGUGACCCCCGCCAAAAGGGACUACUACUGGCUUCGCUCCUUUGUAGCUGGAGGUGUAGCAGGAUGCUGUGCAAAAACUACCAUUGCUCCUCUGGACAGAGUCAAGAUUCUCCUUCAAGCCCAGAACCCCCAUUACAAACACCUUGGAGUGUUUUCCACUCUCAGAGCUGUGCCAAAGAAAGAGGGCUUCCUUGGCUUGUACAAGGGUAAUGGGGCAAUGAUGGUCAGGAUAUUUCCUUAUGGAGCUAUCCAGUUCAUGGCCUUUGACAAUUAUAAAAAGCUGCUAAGUAAACAGAUUGGGAUCUCUGGACACAUCCACCGCCUCAUGGCAGGGUCUAUGGCAGGGAUGACUGCAGUGAUAUGCACCUACCCUCUGGAUGUGAUCCGAGCCAGACUGGCCUUCCAGGUGAAAGGAGAGCAUCGCUACACUGGAAUUGCCAAUGCCUUCCACACAAUCUACCUUAAGGAGGGGGGCAUUUUGGGCUUCUACAGGGGCCUUACCCCAACACUUAUUGGAAUGGCCCCUUAUGCAGGUUUCUCAUUCUUCACCUAUGGCACCCUGAAGAGUCUUGGCUUGAAACACUUCCCAGAGCUGCUGGGACGUCCUUCCUCAGACAACCCCGAUGUCCUCGUCCUGAAAACCCACGUCAACCUCCUCUGUGGAGGGGUUGCCGGUGCCAUCGCGCAGACAAUAUCGUAUCCUUUAGAUGUGGCGAGGAGACGAAUGCAGUUGGGAGCUGUGCUUCCUGACUCUGAGAAAUGCGUAUCACUGAGCAAGACUCUGAAGUAUGUGUAUAACGAGUAUGGGAUCAAGAAGGGACUGUACCGAGGCCUUUCUCUUAACUACAUCCGCUGUGUCCCCUCCCAAGCUGUGGCCUUCACCACUUAUGAGUUCAUGAAACAGGUCCUACACCUGAACUAGCCGCCUUUUUUAUACCUUCAAAGUCUGCAAUUGGGCCUGUUCGCUCUGAGUCAUUAAGCAGCUCAACCUCGAUACUUCCUUAGACUUCUUCAACGUCUUAAACUCUUCAGCGGGGGAAUUGCCUUUUCACUGAAGGCGCCAGGGAAAUCAGUUAACGCUGACAAAAGGAAACUGGAUGUCAGGCAGUAAGCUACUCCACAUCUGUCCCAUUUCAUUCCCUCUUACCUCCUGCUUAAUGUGACUCGAAACCUCGUAAGUGAUGAUUUACUCAACCACAUGACAUGUGGCUUGAAUUUGAACAACUCCCUCAUCAGUGUUUCCAUGGAUACAGUGGGGCAGCGGCAUCUUUGGUCUGGCUCAGUUGGUUAAGGUUUCUUUGGGCAACGAUAUGCUCUUAAAAAAUGUUGUUGACAACACCACAACAACCCUCUGAUUGUGUAGCAGCGCCCCCUAAACCACACAGCAGACACAGAUGUCCACACACUCUCACUUGUCUCUCCCUGAUUUAAGAUGGACACCAGCUCAAAAUGAUCAAAUUAGCUUAUCGACAAUUAUUACAUGUCUAUACAAAGCUCAUUGAAUAGUGUAUCACCCCCAAACGCUUCAGUUUGACUGAUACACUUUACUACUCUUUAUUGUUUAUCAUAUUCUCUUUUUACCGACUUGACUAUUGUUGAAAAGUGGCUGAAAUUUCAAGUAAUCAGAUGAUUCAUACUGUUUUGUUUGUUCAGGGUUUAGUGUGUCUUUAAAUUUGGGGUGAAGUAAGUCUAGGAGAAGUUUCAAAUCUUACAUUAAUAUACCACACUUCACCUGCAGGGUUUUUUCUUUUAAAGAUGCAGUGGCCUGGGUUGCACAGGAUUUCAGUUUAAGGCAACUUCACAUUUUAUUGCCAAACCUUGAAUAUAGCAGUUACUGUAUGUGUUUUUAUUGGCUGAAAAAUCUUUGUUUUUGUUUUUUUAAAUGUUGGUUGAUGUUUAGUGUGUAUUGUUUUGACAUGAUAUGGAUGUAGGUUUGACAUGCCUGGAGGGACACUUUCACCAGAAGGGACUCAGGAGAAAUUUGCACUUCAUGACUGUAGCUUUUUCUGUGUAUUUAUUGAUUUAGCGACCUGUUGCCACUGGGUGGCAGCAUUGAAUAUAAAUUCUAUUGUUUACCAUCAGAGCUUGAUAAAAUACUCACACACAUCUCAUUCAUCUUUUAUCAAAUACAAGUCUGAGUUGGCUCUUUAUGAUUUUUUCCAGUUUACUGUCCAGAUAGUGAGUAUAAUGUAUGCAGUGUUUUUAAUGUAGUUCAGCCAAAAUGCUGUUUGCAUUUACUGCCCAGGAAGGCUGAUCAUUACUGAAUGAAAAGGUUUAACGACACACCUUCAAAUCACCACCACUGUUUGCAUGAGCCUCAUCAGUUUGCUGUACAGGCAUCCUCCUUUUUUCAGCCUCUUGCUGCCAUCUGUAUUUAAUGUCUUAUUUCAUCAGAAUGAUUAAUGUGUUUUACUGGAGUUUCUCCACAUGCUUCAGUUGCUGCCUCAGCUUUUAAAUCUCUGUAUAUGAAUGACAAGAAAUUAAAAGAGCAGUCGCCUUGGA